UUGCGUCCUCAAAUCUGUGCCCAUUUUGACUUCCGCUUCAACGAUAGAGAGAGAGAGAGAGGAGCUUCCGUUCGCGGGCAAAUUCCUUUGGGAGGCAAUUUCGAAUCGGAAACGAUUUCCAAUCCGGAGAAAGAGAAAGCUAUACGAAGAUCCUUGGGGGUAACGGUCAUGCCUAGCGAUUAUGGGCUUCUGUUUUAAGGAGCCUGUUCGCGUUGUUGUCCUGAUUGUUCUGGACGUUGUUACGAACUCAAACUGGCUCGGUCUUUGAGCUCCGUCUUACCCUGUUUCUUUGGUUUAAUGUACUUGCCUUCUAAUAGAUCUAUAUAUAGAUCAGUUACUUGACCCAAAAUGAAGUACAAAGACGAGAAGUACGAGAAGCUUGAGAAAGGUUCGAGGAUCCUACCCAAGACAAUACUGCUGAUUUUGCUGUGUGGGUUUUCUUUUUAUCUUGGUGGGAUAUAUUGCGGGAAGAGCAAAAUCGAGACCAAAGAUGUUGCAAAAGCGGGAUCUUCCGCCGGGGAGACUAAUGCUGGCUCUCUCCAAGUCAAAGCUGUUUCUUUCUCGGAAUGUAGCUCUGAUUAUCAAGAUUACACCCCGUGCACGGAUCCAAGGAAAUGGAAGAAAUAUGGUACUCAUCGGCUCACUUUCAUGGAACGCCAUUGUCCUCCUGUGUUUGAGAGAAAGGAGUGUCUUGUUCCUCCUCCUGAUGGAUAUAAGCCACCUAUAAGAUGGCCAAAGAGCAAAGGCGAAUGUUGGUACAGGAAUGUGCCCUAUGAUUGGAUCAACACGCAGAAGUCUAACCAAAACUGGCUAAGGAAAGAGGGGGAAAAGUUCAUCUUCCCAGGUGGAGGAACAAUGUUUCCCCAUGGAGUUAGCGCCUAUGUCGAUUUGAUGCAAGAUUUAAUCCCUGAAAUGAAAGAUGGGACUAUCCGAACUGCCAUAGAUACUGGAUGUGGGGUUGCCAGUUGGGGAGGCGAUCUGUUGGAUCGAGGGAUUCUCACAGUGUCUCUUGCCCCGAGAGACAAUCAUGAAGCUCAAGUCCAGUUUGCACUAGAACGUGGAAUCCCUGCAAUCCUCGGCAUUAUUUCGACCCAGAGGCUCCCUUUCCCCUCCAAUUCAUUUGACAUGGCUCAUUGCUCUAGAUGCCUUAUACCAUGGACAGAAUUCGGUGGAGUCUAUCUUCUUGAGGUUCACCGUAUUCUGAGACCUGGUGGCUUCUGGGUCUUAUCUGGUCCACCAGUCAAUUACGAGAACCGUUGGAGAGGCUGGAAUACAACCAUUGAAGAGCAGAGAUCAGAUUAUGAGAAGCUGCAAGAUCUUCUGUCUUCAAUGUGCUUCAAAAUGUAUGCCAGGAAAGACGACAUAGCCGUGUGGCAAAAAUCUUCAGACAACUUAUGCUACAGCAAGCUGGCUAACGACCCAGAUGCAUACCCACCCAAAUGUGAUGAUAGCCUUGAACCGGAUUCUGCCUGGUACACCCCUCUCCGCCCUUGUGUCGUGGUUCCAAACCCUAAGCACAAAAGGUCGGACUUGGAAUCUGUUCCUAAAUGGCCUGCGAGAUUGCAAACUACACCUGAAAGAAUCUCUGAUGUUCACGGUGCAAAUGCCGGUGUAUUUAAGCAAGACACUAGCAAAUGGAAGUUGCGAGUCAAACUCUACAAGAAAUUGCUUCCAGCCAUUGGUACUGAUAAGAUCCGUAAUGUGAUGGAUAUGAAUACGGUUUAUGGAGGCUUUGCUGCAGCUGUGGCAGAAGAUCCUUUAUGGGUCAUGAAUGUUGUCUCUUCUUAUGCUGCAAACACGCUUCCAGUGGUUUAUGAUCGCGGGCUAAUUGGCACAUAUCAUGACUGGUGUGAGGCUUUCUCAACGUAUCCUAGGACUUACGACCUUCUUCACCUCGCUGGGCUGUUCACCGCUGAAAGCCACAGGUGCGAGAUGAAAUACGUAAUGCUGGAGAUGGACAGGAUCUUGCGCCCCAACGGGUACGCAAUAAUACGCGAAUCGAGUUACUUUGUUGACGCCAUCGCAAACGUGGCUAAAGGAAUGAGAUGGAGUUGCCGUAAAGAAGAAACAGAGUCCAAGUCCGAGGAUGAAAAGCUCUUGAUUUGUCAGAAAAAGCUCUGGUACUCUUCUAACUCGAGUUCUUGAAAGGGCACGUACACAUUUAUUAGCAGACAGAACACAAAAGAAGAAGAAAGAGGACAAGCAAAGCAAAGAUAUGUCCGAGCGGUUCUUGAGGAGCCGAGUAAGGUAUCGAAUAUGGUUUUUGUUUUUUUUUUUUCUUUCCUUCGACGCAUCUCUCUGUCUCUGUCCCGCGCAAGGCAGAAAGACGAAUAGGUUCUUGUUCCUUGGAAGCCAAGAAAGCUACAGGAUUCCCAUUCAUUUAUCCAUUUCUCUACUUCAAAAACCUCAAAUUUUAGAGUAUAGUUUUGGUCAGAAUAUAUAAUCUUUUUGGAAAUGUAAUUUUUUGUUGUUGUUGUUGUAUUGAACGCUUUGGGGGUUGCAGAUUAUUCUGUUCUAAGAUACACUUGAAUGAUACAAUCUCUUUCUCA